UUUUCAGCGUUGUGCUGCCAUCGAUUUUUGUGACUCAACGUUUAUCGAUUUUCAUUAUAUAUAAAAAUAUCUUGAUUUUGUUAUUUGGUUUCAAUUUAAUCCAACUUCACUUAUAUUUGAAAAAUCAUUCGAUCGAGAACACACGUACCAUAAACAUACGCAUCAAUCAGAUUUUUUUUUUUAUUAUUGAAACAAACAACGACUUACAAUAACCAUGGUGAAAGCAGUAGUUGUAUUGAAAGGUGAACCGAAUGUCACUGGUACUAUUUUCUUCGAACAACAGGAUAAUGGCCCGGUAAAAGUGAACGGAACCGUUCAAGGAUUAAAAUCUGGUUUACAUGGAUUUCAUGUGCAUGAAUUUGGCGACAACACUAAUGGCUGUACAUCGGCUGGAGCACAUUAUAAUCCAUUCAAUAAGACACAUGGUGCACCUGCCGAUGAAGAACGUCAUGUUGGUGAUUUAGGCAAUGUUGAAGCCAAUGACGCAGGCAUAGCUAAUGUUGCCAUUGAAGAUUCGCUUAUCAGUUUGACUGGAGAAAGAUCAAUUGUUGGACGUUCAUUGGUCGUACAUGCUGAUCCCGAUGAUUUGGGACGUGGUGGCCAUGAAUUGAGCAAAACAACCGGUAAUGCUGGUGGACGUCUUGCUUGUGGUGUGAUUGGUGUUACAAAAUAAUUUUAUUUGUGUUUUUUGUUCAAUGUUUGAUUUUACCAAAUUUUUGGCAAUAGCCAAAUGAUAUUCCAUAUACAAUAAUCAUAAGAAAAUUCAGUUGAAUAAAACGAUUUUCUUCAUAUGCACAAA